AUGUUCUCUAGAAAGAAAAAGGAAUUAAAUAAAACGUCAGUUUUAAAGAAGAGUCUAGGGGGAAACUUUGGGUCCCACAACUCAUCAGUAAGUAACUCGCUAGCUAAGUUAGCCUAGCUUUAUGAAGACAAUAUUUGCACCUCAGUCCUGGCUAGCUUGCGCGUUUUAAUGUUUUUCGUAAUUUAUAUCACUGCUUGUAAAGCUCCGCGAGUUUGCGUUGGUAUAUACAUAAUUUAGCUACUAGCUAAAUCUACUUGAAGUUGCCUCAAGCAUUGGUAGUGUACGAUAAGUUAGAACGAAUGUCCCUGAGGGGGAAACUGUCUUAUGUUACAUCUGUAUUGUUUGCUAAUGCUAACUUUAGGGGACUUAUGUUUUGCAAUGCCGCCAGGUGUGGGCGUGGCUUCCAGUCUGACACACCUUUCACCUGGCAAUGAUCAGUCAACUUGUCACUGUUUGGGAAUUUUCCAGUCUUGGUCAUCCUCAUUGAAUCAUCUCUCUCUUUCUGUGUUUCUCCCAUAUGCUUUUGCAUUGUGACUCAUGGCCUUUCAAAUUGUUUUAUUGGUACAGGUUUCUCAACAACAGUUGUCUUCAUCAUCAGCAUCAUCAUCGUCUAGUCAUAACAUCCUUGUCAUCACUCAUCACCACCAUUCUAAUUCUUCCCCAUCUCUCUCAUCUCCUUCCUCUCUUUCUACCUACCCGGCUCUCUACCACCCAUUCCCCACCCUACCUCUCCCUUGUCCUCUGGUGUGUCUCACCACCAGCUAUCUGUCCUCCAGGAACAACUCACUAGAGAUGGUGGCUUGGACGUCCCCCUCCCUCUCCCUGCAUCCCUCCAGGACCCUCCCUGCCCCACUACCGCCUGUCUGCUGCGCACCAGGCUGGCCACGGCCGCCAGCCCUUCCCCUGUCCUUGGAGCCUGCCUUAGACGGCCCACAGCCCUGAGUCGACAUGCCAGUGCGGCUGGCCUCCCCCUACAGGCGGCUGGAGCCUGGGCCUUCAGUAAGACCCAGGGGAAGGGAGCGAGCUGGGCCUCCAGCCCCACCACAGAGGCCUCAGAUGUGGGCAUCGAGGUGGAGGACAUCCCCUCUCUGCUCAGGGAUGUGGCUUGUUUCGCUGAGGCUGUGGAGAAACUGAAAGAAAUGGUGCUGUGGGAAGGUGAGAGAGGCAUUAUAAUGGUCAGGAGUUUUUGACCAGGAAAAUCUCAUAUCUUUAGCCUAUAACUAGAGUUCAGAGUUUUCUUAGUCAGGUAAAAACCCUGGCCCUUAGUUAUGUUGAAACGUGUGUGUAUGCCUGGCGAAACUGAGGAAGGAAGAGGGAGUGUGUCACACAAGGUACGCAGCACUAUAAUAUUUGUCUGGUGUGUAAACACAGCUCACAGGCUUUCCUAUAACCCUCAACCCUUAUAUUACGAGGUCUAGGGGUCGAUUUGGAAUGUAGCAAGCGUUAGCUGGGUCGUUCCACCAAUUCAGUGCAUUUUCAGAUGUGGAACUUGGUGAAAAAAACCUUUAGAUUUCACCUAAUUUUAACAUUCUGUCAUAAAGAGCACAUGUUCAACUUAAUACAAAAUAUUUUUUCCCAUCUCAAAAAAUUACUAUAGUAAGUGCCUAUUAAGUGUCAAAUAAAGUAACAGGGUUGACGAUUUAAUCUUAAAUCAGACAUAAAUCCCCUUGUGACAGGGGAAAUAGAAGCUUGUGUGCAACAGGGAGGGGCAAUUGAAUGCAAGCUUCACACAAAAAAAUGCAAUUGUUAAAACAUUUCUAGCCUGUCUAUCUAUGUGUAACAGGGUUAACGUGUUAUGCUCGACCCACUCAGUUUUCCACCACAAAACACCAGAAAAUGCUUUUACACUGAUUUUUCAAUGUUCAAUGUUUCUUUUUGAAAACAUUAUUUAAAAAGGAAUAGUUUCAUGAUAUUAUAAUGAGAGUCCAGUUCAUGUAACAGUGUUGACCUUAAAACUAGUUUUUUUUUUUUUUCAUAAAAGGAAUCAUUAAUCGCAUUUAAAUAAAUAAUAAUCUUCAGAAAUGCCUUUGUCAAAGCAACAAAAAUAACUAGGGAUUUACAAUGAUGAUGAAACCUUGGAGACAGUUUGUGGUUAAGUGGUAUAAAUCUUCCUGGAAGUCACAGAGUGUGCACAGAGGGACAAAAUGCUGAAUUCUAGCACUUUAGCAAGUCUUUAUUUCAGUGGAGGCUGCUGAGGGGAGGACGGCUCAUAAUAAUGGCGUGGAAUGGCUGGAAUGGAGUGAAUGGAAUGGUAUCAAACAAAUGAAAACCAUGUGUUUGAUGUCAUUCCAUUUACUCUAUUCCGGCCAUUAUUAUGAGCCGUCCUCCCAACAGCAGCCGCCCUCCACUGCUUUAUUCAUAUAAAAAAAUCGGAUUUAUUAAUUUCUCCAUGUGGUCUAUAUUAAAGGGCACUUAAUUUAAUAUAACAGGCUUUUAAAAUUCUAAAUUGGUGCACAAUUUCUAGUAAAAAAUAUCAAAGGGAUGCAAAAGGCAGUUAUUUCUUGGAACGACCCAGCUAAGCCAUGUCAGGGUGACUUGGGCGGCAGGUAGCUUAGUGGUUAAGAGCGUUGUGCCAGUAACCGAAAGGUCGCUGGUUCUAAUCCCCGAGCCGACUAGGUGACAAAUCUGUCGAUGUGCCCUUGAGCAAGGCACUUAACCCUAAUUGCUCCUGUAAGUCGCUCUGGAUAAGAGCGUCUGCUAAAUGACAAAAAAAAAAAAAAAAAAACUUCACUUCCUUACCAGGCAGCUAUUUUCAUCUCAACUUCCUGUUCUCAGUCUCCAAGUAGGGCGAGGAGAUAAGGGAGAGAGAGAGACAACGAAGGGAGGGAAGGGGGAGGGAGAGUGAGAGAUCCUUUUCUUAGUGGGUAUGUGAGUUAUUACAAUGUGACAACAAGAGCCAAACUGAUGGUACAUUCACAAAGAGUUAGGUGCAACUCUGUCUGGUUUUAUUUUUUAAAAACUAAUUAGGGGUCCAAGCAGUAGUACACAGUUAUUUUUGUUAAAACAUUGACGUUUCAGCCCCAAACUGCAUUUUGACUACAUUUUUACGUUGGUUCACGUGCUGUCAGUGUCCACCACCACCUCCUACACCAAGAGUGGCAGUGUGACAGACAAUAGCACUACAGUUCCUGAUUUUCACACUUUAACCGUCGUAGGACCAACUGAGCAACAAGCACACAAAAGGAGAAGUAUAACAGUAGCUGUGUUUGAAGGACGGCUACUGGUUCUUCCUCUUUUCCCAGUAAACAGUGCUUUAUUACAUGGCCUCCUGCUUGAUUCAUUAUAUGUGUGUUUAUACUUGUACUGUGCCGUGUGUGUAUAGUGUACACUGUAUACUGUCUGUUUAUGUACAAAUAACCUACAUUUUCUAUAACAUAUUGUUCCUUCCUUUUGUGUGUGUGUGUGUGUGUCAGGGUUGGGGUGAAUUCUAAUGAAUUUGAAUUGAAGGAAGUAGAAUUUAAUUCAAACGAAUUCAACUGAGAAGUGAAACGUGAAAGUUUAAUUCAUUUGACAUAUAUUUUAUCAAAAGGAUAUGCAGUUAUUAAUGCAAAGAAUACACAUACCAUUUUAAAUAUUAGUUUGAUUAUAAUUGAACGAUUAUGAGAUGUUCGAUUGUUCCCUUCCAUACUGCCGUGUUUGAUCUAAUGCAUUCUGGGGAAUGUUUGUUCUGAUUUUGUUUUUUAAACAAAUUCAAUCCAAAUUCUGCCAUGUGAGCGUAUAAUCCAAGGUUAUUAUAAUACAUUUUUAAAUGUAUUUUUUUCUAAUUCUCAUUUCAGUUUAAUUUCUAUUUAGUUUUCGUGAUUCCGUUUUAGGGAAUAACUUAAUCACUCGCAUGGUUGCCUCACUGCACUUCUGUUUCAAUUAUGAACAUCACCUCAACCUGUUUUUCAUGGUUAUUUCUUCAUGUUUCAUUUUCAGUUCUAGACCUAUAAAUAAAUAGCUGUCUGUCCCUAUCUCAGACAGGCAGAUAGAUAACCUCUCAGACAGGCAGCUGGACCGUCGUGACCUGGCCCAGGAGUGUUUGGGGGAGGUGUUGCGUGUGUUGAGGCAGGUGAUCGGUGCCUACCCCCUCCUCAACACUGUAGAGACCCUCACUGCUGCCGGAACGCUCAUCUCCAAGGUCAAAGGUCAGAGCUCUACUGUUAGAACUGGACACCUGUUGAAAUGUGUGUAGAUGAAGGUGUGGGUGGGGUGUGCACUGAGAUCAAAUGUGUGCAUUUGAUUGAAUGUGUCCAGGGUUUAGUUACAAGGACAGCAGUGCCAUGGGUAAGCAGGACUUUGAGAAGGCCAUAGAGACUAUGGCUGUGGCUUUCAGUAGCAGGUAAGUGUGUUUCGCUUUACUAUCCCUAGCAUCUACAUUGAUAAGGUUUUUCUCUCUCCCCCCUCUAUCCCUAUUUUACCCCCCUCUCCUUCUCUCUCCCUCAGUGUGUCGGAACUUUUGAUGGGAGAAGUGGACAGCAGUACCCUCCUGUCUCUACCGCUAACAGAGAGGAGCAGGGUGAGUGUGUGUGUGUGUAAAAAAAAAAGGAUGGCUCAGGAUGGCUCAGUCGUGAAGGAUGGCUCAGUCUAAGCAUUUGUGUGACCUCGGAAAUGGUGUGUGUGUGUGCAGUCUAUGGAGAACCUGUAUGGCUUAGACUCGGCCCAGGCAAAAGACUGUCAAGGGAGGAGUGACCAACAGCACUGUUGCAGUGAGUACAAAAUGACAUGUUGUCCUCGAUGUCUAAGCAUUCUGUUUCCCUUUCCAAUCAUGUCAUACUUUCUCAUGUGAAUGUGUGUUUGUGCAUUUGUCUGUGCGUGCAUGCUUGCGUCGCUGUGUGUGUGUGUCAGUGCUGAGCGGAGAACAGGUGGACCUCCUACUGCAGUGCAGUGAGGGAGGAGUGGACUCAGCUCUCUCCUAUGCCAAGGCUGUGUCCAGAUACAUGAAGGACGUCAUCAGCUACGUGGAGAAAAGAAGUGCUCUGGGUGGGUUGAUGACUUCCUCCUCUAAUUAUUCUGUCUCUUUUUCCUGUUCUAUCUGUGUCCAUCAGCAGUUGUUCUUGGCCUCUUGGAGCGUCAACUAUAUUACAUACACCUGUCCAGUACCUAGGGGCAGAAAUGGAACUGGGCCAAGCUUUUUGUUGUCCACUUCAAUUUCUGCUAGCCAGGCAGUGUGUGUGUGUGUGUGAGUUUCUGUGUCUGUGUGUUCCAGAGAUGGAGUUUGCCAAGGGUCUGCAGAGGCUGUGUCAGUCCAGUAAGCAGAGCAUUGCACAGGUAAUAGGAGAACACACACACACACACACACAAACAAACACACACACACACACAAACACACACGGACAAACAUGAACAUGCACACAUUAAAAUCUCUCUCAGCCCCAGAUGCCGUUCUUCUCCAUCUACUCUCUGGCUCUGGAGCAGGACUUGGAGCAGAGUGUGGGGGUGCAGCAAACCACUGGCUCCAUACACACUGUUCUACAGGUAAAUACAGUAUCUCACACACACCACAGGAGGUUGGUGGCACCUUCAUUGGGGAGGACAGUUGUGUUCAUGGCUGGAGCGGAAUGAGUGGAAUGGUAUCAAAUACAUCAAUCACAUGGUUUCCAUUUGUUUGAUGCCAUUCCAUUAGCUUCGUUCCAGCCAUUAUUAUGAGCCGUCCUCCCAUCAGCAGCCUGUGACACACACACACACACCUACAAGGAUUAUUACAAGUGAGAUCAUGUCUCUAUCUCAACCCCUCUGUCCCAGCCUCUGAUGCAGUGUAAACAGGAGCAUGAGAGGAGACGCAGAGAGCUCGGAGAACAGUGGCAGAGGGCCCAGAGGAAACUGGUGAAUUCACUCCUAUGUCUUGUCUAUGUUGCUUUGACAUGUUAGUGGCGCGCAUGUGUUAUCAUGUCUCACUCUUAUGUCAUGUACGAGAAAGACAUUGAUAUUCCAUAUUUCAGUGAGAUUAGAUGGUUUACCAAUCCCUCUGUCAAAAGUCAAAAGCCUCGGUGUCACUCUAGACUGCUCCCUCUAAUUCCAACCCCACAUAAAAACCAUAGCCAGGACAGCAUUUUUUCACCUCCGCAAUAUCUCCAGGCUCCGCCCCUCACUAUCACACUCCAGCACUGAAACACUCAUCCAUGCCCUGGUCACUUCCUGUUUGGUUUAUUGCAACACUCUCCUCACUGGUAUCCCCACCAAACUCACCAACAGACUUCAACUGGUCCAGAACUCUGAUGCCAGAAUCCUCACCCGUACCAGAUCAACCAAACACAUCACACCAAUCCUCAUCUGGCUCCCUGUGCAAUCCCUUAUUAACUUUAAGACACUCCUCCUCACCUACAAAUACCUCCACAACCUGGCACCCACCUCCCUCUCUGAUCUUCUCCCAGUCUAUGCCCCCUCCCGCUCCCACCGCUCCUCCUCUGCUGGUGUCCUUGUCUCUCCCCCCAUCCUACCUCUCCACCAUGGGUUCCCGGGCCUUCAGCUGCUCUGCCCCCAGGCUCCGGAAUGCACUCCCCCCACACAUACAACAUGCAGACACAGUCAUCUCAUUCAAAGGCCUCCUAAAAACACAACUCUUCAAGGAUGCCUAUAGCCUGUUCUAUGAUUGACUCUGUCCUACCCUCCCUUCUGUGCAUUCUCAGUAUACCUAGGUAUCCCCCCAACCCACACCCUUACCCUAAACCGGGUCUGUAUCCUAUUCCCAACCCUACCCCCUAAACCUAAACCAGGUUCGUAUCCUCUACCCAACCCCUCCAUCCUCUUUUUAUCUAUCCGAUUUCGUCUGGUCCUUUGAUUAAAAUUGUACUUUGAUUGAUGCAAUUAAUUGUAUGUACUGCACUUGCUUUUAAUGGCAACUUGUAAUGUAAGAUGUCCUUGAUUACCCUGAAAGGCGUCCAUCAAAUAAAAUGUAUUAUUAUUAUUUUAUGUGUUUGUGUGUUCCCAGACUGAUGCUGAGAGUAGCAUGCGUAAGGCUCGAGGCUCGUACGUGAUUCGCUGUGAGGAGUAUGACAAGGCCAGGGGUCGGGUGGAGGAGGAGCUACAAGGGGGAGGGGGCGGGCUUAAAGCUCUGGAUCGGAAGAAGCGAUUGGAGGAGGAGGCCAGGAUCAAGGUCAGCUGACUAGGCUAAUAGGGGCAGAGAGCCCAUCUCGAUUUAGCUUGCCUUGCAUGCCAGAUGGACCAAGUUUGCACUUUUCAGACCUUUUCAUUUAUCCUGAAGUGCCAACUCUGCCAACUCAGUUAUGCCAGGCGAGCUAAAUUAAUCGCACCUAAUGGCUGGUCCGUGUUGUGUAUCACUCUACAGGCUGAAGAGGCAGAGGCUGUGUAUCGUGCAUGUAUAUCCGAGGCGGAGGCGCAGCACCAGGAGAGAGAGCAGACUAAGGGCAGCACUCUCAGACAGAUCCAUGAUGUCAUCAGACACACAGACCACACCCUCAGAUCUGUAAGUCAACUCACGCCUCUAACACGGAAGUAAAACCCUCAACUUGUUUGCAGGUGGAUUGCAUUGCCCAAUCAAACAUCCUAAUUAUGUCUACAUCAACAUUUAGGUUAUAACUGCUCGAUUAUGUUUACGAAGUCUGUCCACAAGAUUAUGGGACAGACAAAAUGUGUUCAUGGAAAUUGUAGUUUGUCUCCAUCAACUUGCUUAGUCCUGGGUGUUGUAGUUCUUGAAAACAUGUCUCCCUCCCCAGUGCACGGUGUCAUACUAUCAGCUGCUGCACAUGCAGACGGCAGCGCUGCCGGUCCAUUACCAGACUCUAUGUGAGAGCACCAAGCUCUACGAGCCGGGACAACAGUACGCCGCUCACGCAAGACAUCUACACAACAGCCCAGAGGACGCCAGACAUCUCUACACGAGCACAGAGGACGCCAGACAUCUCUACACGAGCACAGAGGAUGCCAGACAUCUCUACACGAGCACAGAGGAUGCCAGACAUCUGUCGAACCCAGAGCCAGCAGCUCACUACCGCUUUAAGCCCUACUCCUCAAACCAGUGGGUUCACACUUGAAAUUGUUUACAGUUGACCUUUCAGUGAUUCAUAUUGUUGUAGAGAUCAGAAAAUACCAGGUGCAGAGAAACAUUUUGUAAGUGGCGUUAGCCUUCAAAGGGUCAGAACAGGCCAGUUAGUUGGCUACCAACUACUGUGAUUCUCAGGAGGAAGCGAUGUAAUUUUCUCCUUCCCUCAUCAGACUGUCUGGACGAACCCGCCACAACAGCUCUAACACAGAUGCACCAAUCAGCAUGGAGACCACACCUACCACGGACGCACCAAUCAGCACGGAGACCAUACCUACCACAGACGAGGAGGGUGGUGCUGGGGAUGGAGUCACACAGAGACAUGGUGAGUCCUGAUUGCCUCAUGUAAGGGGUCAUCUAAAUGGAACGUCACUUUCAGGCCACACAAGAAAUGCAGAAGAGUAGCAUUUUUUUCUAACCACAGAUGUGAUUUAUAGGAACCACGAACCAAGAUUAUAAUUUUUCAUUAUGGUGCUUAAUUUGAAAGCUAAUUGGUGGUUUGUGUCCUUAUUGAAGGGCAAGGUCACCAAUCACACAAGUCCUGGCCGUCAACGAUGAGGGACUCGGACAGUCUGGGAGGAGUCUAUGGUCUGGAGUCCUCCAGCACUGGUACCUUAGAGCUCCUGAUGUAGAAACUAGAAUGUCAACCUCCAGCACAGCUACCAUAAAGCCUAAGCAAUAUCUAGAAUACAGAAAAGGGUCCAGCGAUGUAUCAUUCAGAAUAUUCAAUGAUAUAUAAUAGUGUGUUGCUGGUGUGUUUCAGGGCAUGUAACUAAAGCCAAUGAAGAGCUGGAGGAACAUGAUGGAAACGUCACCUCGUUUGAACAGGGUAACAAACACUGUCCUCCUCAAGUCUGUUUGUCUGAACCCUGUCUAAAUCGAGAUCCACACAGUGGGAGAACUGCAUGAAUAGUUUAGGUAAGGAUACGACCCUCUCUUUCUCAUUCUGAACUCUCUCCUCUUUUCUCUUGCUGUGUGUUCGGGGACAGAGCCUGAGAUGGCCGUUCCCACUGUUACCUUCCGGAAUGUGGGAAUGUCCAAGGCAGCAAAGACCCACCGCUUCCGCAAGCUCCGCACACCUGCCAAAUGCAGAGAGUGUAACAGCUACGUGUACUUCCAGGGUGCAGAGUGUGAGGAGGUGAGACACACACACACACACCCCCUAGGAGGUAGAAUAUACUGUAUAAUAUGUCUUCUCUCUGUUUACUGACUGUAAAGGUACUAUAUUAUUUGCUUGUCUUCCCUCCUGUAGUGUUAUCUGGCGUGCCAUAGGCGUUGCUUGGAGAGCCUGGCUAUCCAGUGUGGCCAUAAGAAGCUACAAGGUCGCCUGUUGCUGUUUGGCAGGGACUUCACGCAGGGGCUGGGAGACCCCGAUGGUGUGCCUCUGGUCAUCAGGAAGUGCAUCACAGAGAUAGAGAGCAGGGCUCUUAGCAUGAAGGUGCUUUUACACUUACACACAGAGUAGUACACACACACACACGCAUAGAACACACACACACAUUGAAAUAAUUACUUGACAUAUAAAGUGUGUGUGUGUAGGGUAUCUACCGUGUGAACGGGGUGAAGACUCGUGUGGAGAAGCUGUGCCAGGCCUUUGAGAAUGGGAAAGAGCUGGUGGAACUGUCCCAAGCCUUUCCUCAUGAUAUCAGCAACAUGCUCAAACUUUACCUCAGACAGGUAACAUACUGUUACAUACACUCACAAAAUACUCUUGCUCCACUUCAAGACUCACUAUCCCUCUUUCACUCUCCACCCCCCUCCCUCACUCUCCACCCCCCUCCCUCACUCUCCACCCCCCUCCCUCACUCUCCACCCCCCUCCCUCCCUCCAUCCCCCUCCCUCCCUCUCCCUCCACCCACUCCACCUCCCUCCCUCUCCCUCCCUCCACCCCCUCCCUCUCCCUCCCUCCACCCCCUCCCUCUCGGUCCCCCUCUUCCUCUCCACCCCCCCUCUCUUUUCUUCUCCACCCCCCCUCGCUCUCCCUUCCUCCCUCUCCAGCUGCCAGAGCCUAUCUUGCCCUUCCAUCUCUAUCCAUCUCUGAUGGGGCUGGCCAAGGAGAGCCUGCGUUCUGCGUCUCCUAGCCCAGAUGGAGGUGAGGUGGCUGGGGCAGCGGUGCUGGCAGACCUGGGUGCUGAGACUCCCCUGGAGGUCCUGACUCUGGUCCACAGCCUGAGGGAGCUGAUGCUAACGGAGCUGCCGCAGGCUAACACAGCCACACUGCGCUAUAUUGCACAGCACCUGCGCAGGUGAGGUGACCAUGAGUAAGGCGCACACACAUAAAAUGUGAUUUUAACACGGAACCUUAAUCCUAACGUUUGAUGAAGAACAAAUAGCUCAUCGUGGCCAUUUCUCCUUUCUCUUUCCUUUAUUCUCCUCUGUUUUUGUUACCUUCCUCCUCCUUAUUUCUUUACUUCUCCCCUCCCUUUCUCCUCCUCCGUCUCAGGGUGUGUGAGUGUGAGCAGGAGAACAAGAUGAGUCCCAGUAACCUGGGCAUUGUGUUUGGCCCCACUCUGAUGCGUCCCCGUCCCUCUGGGGCCACUGUGUCCCUGUCCUCCCUGGUAGACUACCCCCACCAGGCCCGCAUCGUAGAGACUCUCAUAGUCUUCUACAGCACCCUCUUCCAUGACUGCUCCAACGGCACCCAAGUUUCCCCCUCAGCCCUAAGCCAGGUGAGUGAGCGACUGUGGGUGUAGGGUGUCAUAGUGAAACAGUGUGCUGGUUCUGCUCUAGAAACAAGUGAUGUUAGGAAAAUAAAAUGAUGGGCCUCGAGAGGGUGGAAGAGCGGUACCAACCACACAAAUAGAAGGCCGCUUACACACAAUGAAAACAUGCACACUAUUGUUUAUCACAUUGAACCAUUUCUUCUGUGUGUUUCUCCUAGGACGGUGGAGAGGAGGAGGAGAGAGACUGUGGGGGAGGAGCCCAGGGGAGUAUCGACAAGGGAGACAACAGGACAGACGCCAAAUAA